GCUCAUCUCAACGUGAAACUAAUAUUGCCUCUCCACCAUCCUGUUUUCAUAUCCGCAACCUUCAUUGCAGGCCGACAAACAACAUUUUUUCAGCGCAUCAACUUAAAUAAGUCUUUAGGCUGUAAAUACCACUGUCGUGCAGAUAGAGCUUUGUAAUUCCGGAUGAAGUACUAGUAGAUCCUACGGUAGGCACAAGCCAGGUUUCGAAUGGCAAUGAGUCAAGAUGAGGCUGAUCUUGUCGUACUACAACUAGAGUGAGUUCGAUUGUUCCCGACCGCCAGCCUGUGGUACUACUGGUGAGGACAUAGUUCAGGAAUUAUAUAGUUGAAAUUCUUUAAAAAUGGACGAAGAAUACGACGUAAUCGUGUGCGGCACCGGUUUGAAAGAGUGCAUCCUCUCCGGGUUGCUCUCCGUUUCGGGAAAGAAGGUGCUCCACGUGGACCGAAACAACUACUAUGGCGGGGACUGCGCCUCGCUGAACAUAACAAACUUGUGGGCUAAAUUCAAAAAUGGGGACAAACCACCACCAGAACUGGGUAAGUGAUUAGAAGUACAUGUUUCGCUUUUGAAGUUCUGCAUUAUGUAGCAACAGAAGUGGAAAUUAUUUUUUCUCUCGCAUCUUAUUUCUUCUCUAUCUCUACUUGCAAGAAGAGAAUCCAAUCCAUUCAUCUUCUAUCAGGUCCCAACCGCGACUGGAACGUGGACCUGGUCCCAAAAUUCGUCAUGGCAAAUGGGCUCUUGGUGAAGAUGCUUUUGCACACCGGCGUGACUCGGUAUCUCGAGUGGAAAUCGGUGGAUGGCACCUACGUCUACCAGUACCAGGAAGCGGGGUUCUUCAGCAGCGAAAAGUUCAUCCACAAAGUGCCGGCCAACGACAAGGAAGCGCUAAGUAGCGCUCUGAUGUCCCUACUGGAAAAAAACCGCUUCAAGAACUUCUUCCAGUUCAUCAUGGGUAUUGAAGAUUUCUUUGGUUUUGCAAGUGCUGAUGCAAUAAUUGUAGGGGCAUGACAAAAUGGCAAUGCUCGUGCCGUGUGCUUUAUUUUUUCGCAUGAUAAAAAAUCAUUUAUUUUUUUUUUUUUCCCAAACAGCAUGGGACGACGCAAAUCCGAAAACAUUUGACGGCGUCGAUCCGAACAGACACAGCAUGCAGCAAGUCUACGACAAAUUCGGUCUGCAGCCGUUGACAAUCGACUUUUUGGGACAUUGCGUAGCGCUCUACCCAGACGACAACUACCUGCGCUGCGCCUGCGGGCCGACAAUAAAUAAGAUGAAGCUGUAUUGCAGCUGCUGUUUACCUGCUUCUAUUUGCUUGGUCUGUUGCGAGGUUAUGCAUGACAGGCUACCAGGUUGAAUUUGAACCUCCACCAGUGUAUUUCAAAUUUUAGUACUCCACCGAACUGCCACUAUCAGGUACAUGGAAUCAAUCGCACGGUACGGCAACUCUCCAUUUAUCUACCCAAUAUACGGCCUCGGUGGGCUUCCAGAAGGGUUCUCAAGGCUUUCCGCGAUUCACGGUGGGACUUACAUGCUGAAUAAGCCAGUAGACGGGUUCGAAUAUGACGAAAAUGGUAUGAGUCUUCAUCUUUUUGCAAUACAGAUUUUGGAAUGCUCAGAGUACGACCACAUCAUAUCGUAAUGCAUUACAACUGUCGUUGUAGAACGUUCGUAUUUGUCAUGCGCAAGAACAUGAUCAUGUUUGCGUGACGAAGGCGAGGCAUAUAAUAUGACGCGAACAAAAUGAAAAUCCUCAGGCAAAGUGUGCGGCGUGCGAUCAGGGUCCGAAGUAGCGAAGGCAAAGAUGGUCAUCUGCGACCCCAGUUACGCCCCAGAAGCAAAGAGGAGGCCUGUGGGGCAAGUCAUCCGGGCGAUCUGCAUUUUAGGCGCGCCAAUCCCUAACACAAGCGACGUGAACUCAGUACUGGAUUAUUUGUUGACGAUUUUUAGCUGAUUUCCAUUUCGAGCAUGACAAAACUUUUCCCUCUUCUACCUCCCGCAUGAGAAAGAUAAAAACUGCACAACUUAAAAAUAUCAGGUCCAAAUCAUUUUGACCGCGAGCCAGAUGAAAAGGAAAAACGACAUUUACAUCAUGAUGGUCUCGAAUUCACAUAUGGUGGCCGCAAAGAACAAAUACAUCGCGAUCGUGUCAACCACGGUGGAAACGCAGAGGCCCGAGGAAGAAAUCAAGCCUAUCAAAUGCAAAAAAGACUGGGUCUGGAAGAUUGCGAGAUUUGUCAUGCUUGUCUGGCAUGACCAAAAAGUUUGUGAUGCGUGUCCAAGAAGAGACCCUUUUGCCUGUCAUGCAAAAACGCAGUUUGUCAUGCGAAAAACGCAGCACAAAGAAGCGCAGAUAUUUCUCAUGCUUGGCUGCGCAUUACAGAGCAUUCAAUAUUCCCAACGCAGCAUUACAAGUUUCCAGACCCAGACAUUUUUGCAUUUGAUAAAGCCGGCCCUGAGACUACUCGGGCCGAUCGAGCAUAUCAUGUGCACGGUAUGGAAGUUUUUGGAAAUUCUAGGUUUGGAUUGAAAAAAAAAAAAAAUGAUUAUUUCUUUGUUGAGUUUUGCAUGAAAUCAAGAUCAAACUGGUUUGUGGUUGAACUCGGAUUUUUGUCUGCUGCACAUGCCAAGUGAUGACACCAAAAGUUCUCGUCCACACAACAAUUCACAAAAAAACCCGACCAAAAGGUCUCCACACUCUACGCACCAACCGACAAGGGGGAAGACAACGUUUUCGUAACCUCCAGCUACGAUGCCACCAGCCACUUCGAGUCCGCAUCUAUUGACGUGAUGCAGAUGUUAUGCAUUGCGAAUAUGUCUGGGUCUGGAAAGGUUGAACCUGUAGUGUCAUUUUGCGUCUCGCAUAUCUGAAAAUAGAUCUGUAUUGCAUGAGCAGCAAGAAAAAAUGCGCCACGACAUUUUCGUCAUGCAAAGUCACAGUCUGUAAUGCGCACAAGCACAACGCAUGAGAAAGCGUUUCAAAAUAAAGUUGUUACCCUUGUUCACUACUAUUAGAGGCGGAUUCAAUCACAUCCAUGCAGCAUUACAGGUUUCCAGAGGACCAAGACAUCUUUGCAUUUGAUAGCUGUGGUAUGGAGAGAAAAAAGUUUAUCAUAGUCACUAAUUUGCAGGGUUUGCAUUACAAACUUUCUUAGCAUCAUAAAUUUUCCUUGUAUUGCAGAAACACUAGGGAAAUCCCUAAUAAAGUUUGGCUGUGAUGCAUUUUUACGCAUGACAAACAGUUUUGUAUUGCAAAAAUGCGCAUCAGUGAUCGUGACGAACUUUUUUUGUUUGAUAUGUGGAAGAAGAUGUUCGGCGAGGAGCUGGUUUUGACGGUUCACAUAUCCUGAGUAAAAACGUACCCACACCAGAGUUGUAAUGCAAAUCUGCAUGCUGAAAAUGUUUCUCAUGCGGAGCCUCAUGAGAAGCAUUCUCUAGUCGUGUCUUGCAAUUUGUCAUGCUCCAAUCAGCAUGGUAUGCUAGAUCUGUGAUGCUGCUGAGCUAGCUCAAACAGCACUACACUACGAAUCCAAAUUUGUCAUGCAAAACAGCCAAAACUUGUGGAUUUGUCUAGCCGAUUUCCCAUCUUGACUAUGGUGUGGGUACGUUUUUACUCAGGAUAUCACAAAGACGCGGAAGCGGACAUGUGAUGAUAAGUAUCUCUCUUUCACACGGUAAUAUUCUGCUGACCCAGGGUAGAUGAUAAAUUUUUGAAUUAAAGAGUUUAUUCCCGCACCUAGUCCCGGAAGUUGGUGUCUAAUGUGCGGGUUGACCAAACUUCUGCUACACACAGUUUAUAUGUAAAACAGUUUUCACUCACACAAAUUUUCCGUAUCAUUUAACUCGCUCUGACAUCGUGUUGUAGUAGAGAAGGUGGAGUCAGUUUUAUUCCUGCUACUCUCACCGCGUUGCAAGAGCCGGGCGAAUGGACACAGCUGUUGUCCGACUUAAUUUGUCCGUCAAUUAGUAGGCUCAGCUCAACAGUCUGUGGCUGACAAAGGAAGAAAUCGAAAAUCGAUAUCCGAAAGUCAACGUUGACACGAAACAGUCACAACAGGACAAAUUAAUUAGUCCUGCGGCAGCGGACAACGGAUGGAAAUAGAAGUGAGUACUUCAAA